AUGUCGGGUUAUCCGGGAGGCCAUUAUGAUGAUGGCUACGGUCACCCGGGCCAUGGGGACUCCUACUACCAGGAUGACCAUGCCCAGGGCUAUUAUGACCACAAUGACUAUGGGGAUGGGUACUACGAUCGAGGGGGUUACUACGGCGCGGAUGCUGGCCACGGAUACGCCGAUGGGGGAUACUACGAGGCUGGUCACCACGACGACUACUAUGGGGACCAGUACUACGACCAGGGCCAGAUGGGCUACGGAGGGCAAGGUCGGCGACACGACUCAGAGGAAGACUCGGAGACUUUCAGUGACUUCACCAUGAGGUCCGAGACUGCCCGCGCCGCCGACAUGGACUACUACGGGCGAGGAGAUGAACGCUACAACAGUUAUGCCGACAGCCAGUAUGGCCGAGGCUAUGGCUACCGCCCGCCGUCGUCUCAGAUCUCCUACGGUGCCAACCGAUCAUCCGGCGCCUCGACGCCCGUCUAUGGUAUGGACUAUGGCAACGCUCUGCCGGCUGGCCAGCGAUCGCGGGAGCCGUACCCUGCCUGGACCUCCGAUGCGCAGAUUCCGCUCUCGAAGGAAGAGGUGGAGGACAUCUUCCUUGAUCUGGUCAACAAGUUCGGGUUCCAGCGUGACAGCAUGCGUAACAUGUACGACCACUUGAUGACGCUGUUGGAUUCCCGCGCAUCUCGCAUGACGCCCAACCAAGCCUUGCUGUCACUCCACGCCGAUUAUAUUGGUGGUGAGAACGCCAACUACCGACGCUGGUACUUCGCCGCGCAUUUGGACCUGGACGAUGCGGUCGGUUUCGCCAACAUGAAACUUGGCAAGGCGGACCGUAAAACCAGGAAAGCGCGCAAGGCUGCUCAGAAGGCUGCGAAGAAGAACCCCGAGAACGAGGAGGAGACCCUCGAGGCCCUGGAAGGAGACAACAGUUUGGAAGCGGCCGAGUACCGGUGGAAGUCGCGCAUGAACCGGAUGUCACAGCAUGACCGUGUUCGCCAACUCGCUCUCUACCUGAUGAUUUGGGGUGAGGCCAACCAAGUUCGCUUCUUGCCCGAGUGUAUUUGUUUCAUUUUCAAGUGUGCCGAUGACUAUUACUCGUCGCCCGAGUGCCAGAACCGAGUUGAGCCGGUGGAGGAGCUCACCUACCUCAACGAGAUCAUCACUCCUCUCUAUCAAUUUUGUCGUGACCAGGGAUAUGAGGUCAUGGACGGCAAAUACGUUCGUCGCGAGCGUGAUCACAACGAGAUCAUCGGUUAUGAUGACAUGAACCAACUGUUCUGGUACCCAGAGGGCAUCGAGCGCAUCCACUUCGAGGACAAGACUCGUCUGGUCGAUGUCCCUCCGACAGAGAGAUGGACGAAACUAAAAGACGUGGUUUGGAACAAGGCGUUCUUCAAGACAUACAAGGAAACUCGUUCUUGGUUCCACAUGGUUACGAACUUCAACCGCAUCUGGGUCAUCCACCUGGGGUCUUUCUGGUUCUUCACAGCUUACAAUGCUCCGACGCUCUACACCCACAACUACUCGCAACAGUUGGACAACCGGCCUUCGUCUGACAAAUACCUCGCAGCCGUCGGCCUUGGUGGUGCGUUGGUGGCCUUUAUUCAGAUCUUUGCCACCAUUUGCGAAUGGCUGUAUGUUCCCCGGAGGUGGGCUGGCGCGCAGCAUCUCCGGAAGCGCUUCUUUUUCCUUCUCGGUGUCUUUCUUAUCAAUCUUGUCCCCGGUGUGUUCGUUCUGAAGUUCCUUGACAAAAUCCCGGACAAGAAGACGCAGCACGCAGUCGGCCUCGCAGUCGGCAUCGUCCACUUCGUUUUGGCCCUCCUCACAUUCGCCUUCUUCGCCAUCCAACCGCUCGGCGGUCUGUUUGGCAACUACAUGAAGAAGCAUGGUCGACAAUACGUCGCCAGCCAGACAUUUACUGCAAGCUUCCCCCGCCUCCAAGGUAACGACAUGUGGAUGUCUUACGGGUUGUGGGUCUGUGUCUUCGGCGCCAAAUUGGCAGAGUCCUACUUCUUCUUGACCCUGUCAUUCAAGGAUCCGAUCCGGAUUUUGUCGCCCAUGAGCAUCCACCAAUGUGCCGGUGUCAUGUACAUCAAGAACCAACUCUGCCACACGCAGCCCCAAAUCCUCCUGGGACUGAUGUUCUUUAUGGACCUGACGCUUUUCUUCCUGGACAGUUACCUGUGGUACAUUAUCUGCAACACCAUUUUCUCGGUGGCGCGAUCCUUCUAUCUCGGUGUCUCGAUUUGGUCCCCGUGGAGAAACAUUUUCUCUCGUCUCCCAAAGCGCAUCUACUCAAAGGUUCUUGCCACCACAGACAUGGAGAUCAAGUAUAAGCCGAAGGUUCUUAUCUCACAGGUGUGGAACGCCAUUAUCAUCUCGAUGUACCGAGAGCAUUUGCUCGCCAUCGACCAUGUGCAGAAGUUGCUCUAUCAUCAGGUACCUUCCGAGCAAGAGGGCAAACGUACUCUGCGGGCCCCCACCUUCUUCGUCUCGCAGGAGGACCAGUCCUUCAAGACUGAAUUUUUCCCUGCUGGUAGUGAGGCUGAGCGUCGGAUUUCUUUCUUCGCGCAGUCCCUCUCGACCCCCAUGCCCGAACCUCUUCCGGUCGACAACAUGCCAACUUUCAGCGUGCUCAUUCCUCACUACAGCGAGAAGAUCUUGUUGUCACUCCGUGAGAUCAUUCGCGAGGAUGAACCGUACUCCCGUGUUACCCUCCUGGAAUACUUGAAACAGCUCCACCCUCAUGAAUGGGAUUGUUUCGUCAAGGACACCAAGAUCCUUGCGGACGAGACAUCGCAGUUCAAUGGUGAUUACGAGAAGACCGAGAAAGAUGUCGCAAAGAGCAAGAUCGACGAUUUGCCCUUCUACUGCAUUGGUUUCAAGUCAGCUGCACCAGAGUAUACCCUGCGAACCAGAAUCUGGGCUUCCCUCCGAUCGCAAACUCUUUACAGAACCGUGUCCGGCUUCAUGAACUACAGCCGCGCCAUCAAGCUCCUCUACCGAGUCGAGAACCCGGAGGUGGUGCAAAUGUUUGGCGGAAACUCGGAGAAGCUGGAACGUGAGCUCGAGCGCAUGGCCCGUCGCAAGUUCCGAAUCUGUGUUUCCAUGCAGCGCUAUGCGAAAUUCAACAAGGACGAACGUGAGAACACCGAGUUCCUCCUCCGUGCCUACCCAGACCUGCAAAUCGCCUACCUGGACGAGGAACCUCCUGUGAAUGAGGGCGAGGAGCCUCGGUUGUACUCCGCCCUGAUCGAUGGCCACUGUGAAUUGCUCGAGAACAACAUGCGCAAGCCCAAGUUCCGCAUCCAGCUCUCUGGCAACCCGAUCCUCGGAGACGGAAAGUCAGACAACCAGAACCACUCCAUCAUUUUCUACCGCGGCGAGUACAUCCAAUUGAUUGAUGCCAACCAGGACAACUACCUUGAAGAGUGCCUCAAGAUUCGCAGUGUUUUGGCCGAGUUCGAGGAGCUGACUACGGACAAUGUUUCCCCCUACACUCCUGGCCUUCCCUCCCCUGAUUCACACCCUGUCGCCAUUCUCGGAGCUCGUGAAUACAUUUUCUCUGAGAGUGUUGGUGUUCUGGGUGACGUGGCUGCCUCCAAGGAACAAACGUUCGGAACUCUCUUCGCCCGUACCCUCGCUCAAAUCGGCGGUAAACUCCACUACGGUCACCCUGAUUUCCUGAACGCCACCUACAUGACCACCCGUGGAGGUGUCUCCAAAGCCCAGAAAGGUCUGCACCUGAACGAGGAUAUUUACGCUGGUAUGAAUGCCAUGCUUCGAGGAGGUCGAAUCAAGCAUUGCGAGUAUUUCCAAUGUGGUAAGGGUCGUGAUCUCGGUUUCGGUUCCAUCUUGAACUUCACCACCAAGAUCGGCACGGGUAUGGGUGAACAGAUGCUUUCUCGGGAGUACUACUACCUGGGCACGCAGCUGCCUUUGGACCGGUUCCUGUCCUUCUACUAUGCGCACCCCGGCUUCCAUCUUAACAACAUGUUCAUCAUGCUUUCGGUGCAAAUGUUCAUGAUUGUGCUUAUCAACCUCGGAGCCCUGAAGCAUGAGACCAUCACUUGCCAGUACAACCCCGAUGUGCCUAUCAAGGACCCGCUCCGACCAACUCUUUGCGCCAAUCUCGUUCCCGUGAUUGAUUGGGUCAACCGUUGCGUCAUUUCCAUCUUUAUCGUGUUCUUCAUCUCUUUCGUCCCUCUCGGUGUCCAGGAAUUGACCGAGCGAGGAGUGUGGCGUAUGGCUACCCGUCUGGCGAAGCACUUUGGAUCGUUCUCCUUCAUGUUCGAGGUGUUCGUGUGUCAGAUUUACGCCAACGCCGUUCAUCAGAACUUGUCGUUUGGUGGUGCUCGGUACAUUGGCACGGGCCGUGGUUUCGCAACGGCUCGUAUUCCAUUUGGUGUUCUGUAUUCCCGAUUCGCUGGUCCUUCGAUCUACGCUGGUGCUCGACUUCUCCUCAUGCUGUUGUUCUCCACGUCGACCGUGUGGACUCCGGCACUGAUCUGGUUCUGGGUCUCUCUGUUGGCUCUCUGCAUCUCGCCAUUCCUCUUCAAUCCUCACCAGUUUGCCUGGCACGACUUCUUCAUCGACUACCGCGACUACCUCCGGUGGCUUUCCCGUGGCAACUCUAGAUCUCAUGCCUCAUCUUGGAUUGGGUUCUGUCGGUUGUCCCGCACGCGUAUCACCGGUUACAAGCGCAAGCUUCUUGGUGUUCCGUCCGAGAAGGGCUCUGGUGACGUCCCGAGGGCACGUAUUACGAACAUCUUUUUCAGCGAGAUCGUUGCUCCCCUGGUUAUUUGCGCUGUGACGGUUGUCCCGUAUUUCUACAUCAAUUCUAGGACAAUGUUCUCCGACAAUUACAAACAGGCCACCAACUCGGUCGCCCGUUUGGCCCUUGUCGCAUUUGCUCCCGUUGCUGUCAAUGCGGGUGUUGCCGGUGUAUUCUUUGGUAUGGCGUGUUGCAUGGGACCCCUCUUGAGCAUGUGCUGCAAGAAGUUUGGAUCAGUCCUCGCCGCCAUUGCACAUGCCGUCGCAGUCAUUGCUCUCAUCGCCUUCUUUGAAGUCAUGUUCUUCCUUGAAUCCUUCAGCUGGCCCAGAACUAUUUCCGGCAUGAUUGCGGUCAUGGCUAUUCAGCGGUUCGUGUACAAGUUGAUUAUCUCUCUCGCCCUGACCAGGGAGUUCAAGCAUGACCAGUCCAACAUUGCUUGGUGGACUGGGAAAUGGUACAACAUGGGCUGGCAUUCCAUGUCGCAGCCUGGACGUGAAUUCCUCUGCAAGAUUACUGAGUUGGGUUACUUCGCGGGUGAUUUCGUUCUCGGUCACUUGCUCCUGUUCUCCAUGCUCCCAGCCCUUGCCAUCCCUUACGUGGAUAAGUUCCACUCCGUGAUUCUUUUCUGGCUGCGGCCUAGUCGCCAAAUUCGCCCUCCGAUCUACUCGCUCAAACAAUCCAAGCUCCGGAAGAGACGAGUCAUCCGCUUCGCCAUUCUGUAUUUCGUGAUGCUUGUGCUAUUCGUUGUGAUUAUUGCCGCACCAGUCAUUGUCCGCCACCAAAACUUCCUCAAGAGUAUCUUUGGAGGUCUCUGGAGUUCCCCGCUGGGUCUCGCCCAAGGCGAUACGAGCAAGUUAGGUCUGAUCCAGCCGCUCGACAGCAACCUCAACGAUACUGUGGCAUGGUAUACUGGCAGCGGACUUCCUGGCGAUGGCUUUACGUCGAGCUCAGUCCCAUCUCCCUCACCAGGAAACUGGAAUUGGAAUCCCAAGCUGUUUUGA